AAUUCGGAUGCCCUGUGUUCCGUGCAGUAAUAUAACACCCUCUACAGGUCGGCGAACAAGGAAGAGGCUUUUUUUUAACAGAGGAUCUUAAACCCGACGGAUUUUCUUUUACCCUCCACGAAAACAAUAACGCUUUUAAGAUCGCGAACAGACACGAUGUCGGACGCAGAGCAGCAGUUCAUGGAGACGGCGGAGAACGGAUACGAAGGCGAGGAGAACGGAGCAGAAGGCUAUGAGGAUGUUAGCGCGGCGCUGCAGGCCGGAGACGGUGAGGGAGACGCGGAGGGAGAGAACAAUGGGGCCGGAGAUGGAGCUCAGGACGGAGACGGAUGUCGGAUAGAAGCCAGUAAAAGUGAAGAAGAUGCCGGGAAAAUGUUUGUUGGGGGACUCAGCUGGGAUACUAGUAAAAAGGAUCUCAAAGAUUACUUCUCUAAAUUUGGUGAGGUGACAGACUGCACCAUUAAAAUGGACCCAAACACUGGACGAUCAAGAGGAUUUGGGUUCAUUCUGUUCAAAGAAUCGGCAAGUGUAGAAAAAGUGCAAGCACAGAAGGAACACAGGCUCGACGGACGGCAGAUCGACCCCAAGAAAGCCAUGGCGAUGAAGAAGGAGCCGGUCAAGAAAAUCUUUGUUGGUGGACUGAACCCGGAAACGACCGAAGAAAGGAUCCGCGAGUACUUUGGUGACUUCGGGGAGAUUGAGACCAUCGAGCUUCCGAUGGAUCCAAAGACAAACAAAAGGAGAGGAUUUGUCUUCAUAACCUUUAAGGACGAAGAACCAGUCAAGAAGAUUAUGGAGAAGAAAUUUCACAACGUCAGCGGCACCUUGGACGCAAACGGAAAAGAGAGCCUGUGUGAGAUCAAGAUCGCCCAACCGAAGGAAGUGUAUCAGCAGCAGCAGUACGGCGGGCGCUUCGGUGGCGGCGGCAGGGGCAGGGGACGUGGCGGCCAGGGUCAAAACUGGAGCCAAGGUAACAAUAACUACUGGAAUCAGGGCUACGGGAACCAGGGCUAUGGUUAUGGUGGGGGGCAGCAGGGCUACGGCGCAUAUGGAGGCUACGGAAACUAUGAUUACUCGACAGGCUACUACGGUUAUGGCGGUGGUGGCGGCGGCUAUGACUACAACCAGGGCAACGCAAACUACGGAAAAGCUCCAAGACGUGGUGGCCACCAGAGUACCUACAAACCAUACUAAUGUGCAGGUGGUAUCUUUUACUGGAUGUAGGCAGAAUCUGGGCUUCUGCUCCAUUUUUGUACAGACCACAAGUAAGGAACCGGGGAAAAGCAAAUGUCACUUUUCACGUUUUCAUUUUAUACCUUUUUUUUUUUUUGUCGUCCAUUUUACAUUUCCAGAGAUGGAAGUGUUAUUUUUACUGUACUUUUUGGUACCUUUUUCAAUCUAAUGUAUUGUAUGGUUGUAUUUUACGUCUCGGCUGCAUUUACCACACGCCCUAGUUCUGAAGCUCUGGAAAAAGAAUCAUUUUCAUAAUAAAUAAAUUUGAUUUUUGUUUAAUUUUGUUAGCAUUCCUAUAGUGCUCUGUGUUGCAAAGAUGCAUGGCUCACAGUCUGCAGUGAUCCGAAAGGGAUUAUAAGGUUUUUGGUAUUUUUAUUUACAGCUAUUAAAUCUUUUUGCUGACACUUUUUUUUUUUUUUUUUAAUUAGCUUUUUGUUGGUUUAUUUAAAAAAAAAAAAGUGGCUUUUGUAGUGGUAAAAUUAUACCUCAGCACACACCUUUAUCUGUAAGAUUCACUGGAAACUCAUUCCUACAGUGUCUUGGAAAUAAACUUGGUUUUUAAGA